AUGUCUCCACCCUCACAUCGGCAUCCGCGCAGUCUAUGCAGCGAGGAGAGCGCGCUCCUGCAGGGCGUGGCUCUGGGAGAGGCCGUGUGCCAGGCCACCGGGCGGAGAGACAUGUAUCAGCACAAAGUCAGAAAUAACAAAUGGGGAGCGGCUGCAGUGAUCACAGACGUGUUUGGAGAGAGACGCCCAAAGAGACAGGUGUGGCCAGAUUCAUUUCACAACAAAAAUGCAGUGUGUGACAUCACAACCAGCCGAGGAGACGACAAGGCACCAGCGGGACUGCAUUUCGGACCAGACCACGCGCUUCACCGGAAGCGGAAGAUGAAAAGAGUGACUAGAGAGCAGUGUGAUGAUGGCCCCCUGCUGGAGGAGCAGGAAACUGAAGGACAGAGACAGCUCCACUCUCUGCUGCUGCAACAACUGCAGACUACAGUGGACAUACAGCAGUGUGUGUCGAAGCGUAAGUGUUUUGCGCCCGCCGCCCUCUACUGUCCGUUUGGGGAACAGGCGGCAGGAGUGAGGUCUCUCUCUCAGUUCCAGACGCUUCAGGACGGAGACAAACAGCUGAGCGCCCUGCGAGACCUGGGACUCGCUCCAGACGAGAUCUCCCUCUGGACCAGCCGAGACUCCCCCCACACGGACAAGUCUCGCGGGGUGGUGGCGGAGCCCGGAGCCACAGAGCAGCGGCUGCAGCAGAUCCAGGAGAAGAUGGCGUCUCACACUGAGCUGCUGAUGCGGCCGCAGCGGUUCAGCUUCAGCCGCGGUCUCAGCAGGAGAGAGAUGGAGGUGGAACAGUCUCUGUACCAUGGGUCCCAACAACCAGGGUACCUGUGUGCCCUCUACCACAGAGACCAUAAAGACGCCGAACACCAGGUGGCGACUGCGAGCCGCACCAUCGACUCCGUCUACAGAGAAGUUUUAGCCGAAGAAACCACAAAACUCUCAAAACCAAAAAAACAAAAACAGAAACUUAAAAUUGUCCCAGAACCAACUGAGCUCGACCAAUCACAAACACCGGACACUCACCACCAGGCACCAAGCGGCCAAUCAGAGGAGAGCAGGCCACAGGAGCCGCUGCGAUUGGCUGAGGAGACAGAGAUCGAUUUGAAGCAGCCAAUCAGCAGCCUGCGAGCGCAGUCACAUGGUGCGCUCACGGUCACAGGUCUCGUUCCGGUCGUUUCAGACGAAGACAUCGCAGCGAAUUGUGAGUCGGACGAAAACAUCCGCAGCAUUCCCAGAUUCAGGAACUAUGAGCCCGGAAAACCAUCAAAGUUCUUCUCUCUCACAGAGCUGUCGGGUCAUAAGUGCAUGGCCUGUUCUGAUAACCAGUGUUCAUCUGAGCGUUCAGUCUUCUGCACCGAGGACGCACCCUUCUGUUUCUCUCGCACAGAGUCCUACGGAUCAGGCUACACAAAUAUCCAGAAGGGCUGUGUUCAGUCCAACAUCUGUCCAGCAACUGUAGAAAAUCAGGUUGUGUCGUUUCAAGUGGGUAAUAAUUCUUAUAUCCGUAACACCACGUGCUGCGACACAGACAACUGCAAUGUUGCAACCCAAACCAUAAUGAUCCCGGCUGGCUCUCUGCAGUGCUACACCUGUGACCUCUACUCGCAUGAAUGCAAUGUUGACACUGUAACCUGUAACGAACUAGAAGUCUGCGCAAUGACUCGAGAAAACUCCUCACCACGGAUUUACGGAUGUGUCUCUGAGAAUCUCUGCAACAACGCCACCAUGACGCAACAGCACUUUGGCUACUACGAAGAACUAUCCUGCUGCGACACAGACUUCUGUAACAACCUGAACAAGACUGGGUGUGAAGACAAAGAUGAUUGGUCUGUGUUUUGUUCAGCUGGGCCGAUGCUGUCUCUGAGCGUGCCUCUUUGUCUUCUGGGGCUCUUCACUCGCACAUUCUAA